AUGGCAGGUCGAAUCGCAAGAGGCAUCAGCGGCAUCGUCGGCCUCGGCCAAGAAGCCUAUCAACAUAACAAGGAGAAGAAAGCAGCAGCUGCAGAAACAACAACAGCAGCAGGCUCGUCCUCCGCCCAACCACAACCCCCAAACCAGCCCCUUGCCCCACCACCACCCUCCUACACCAACAUAGUCGACAAAGAGAAAGGCGAAACUGACAUCUCCGUCUCGUCCUCCGACGAAGAAGACGACGAUGAAGACCUUUGGCUUGAAGACGACGCCCAAACCGCUAUCCUUCCCCAAACAGAAGAGCAACCUCGCCCCAAAAUCCACAACGCAGAGAAAUGGACCACCGCUUUCCUCCAGCGUCACCCACCACCCCCUUCGCAACCAGUCCCAUUACCCGCAGCGGUCGUCAUCCCCCAGCGCCGACCAGGAAGUCGGACACGAGGGUUCGUCCGGGCGUACGCGCCUGCAUUGGCGGACAGUGGAAUCGACGAGAAGGCGUGGUUGGAGUUCAUGGAUGGCUUCCAUGAGCAGACGGAGCAGCAGGGGUAUUUCAACGUGACGAACAUCGCGGUGGCGUUGAGUGUCAUGUCGUAUACGAUCUCUUGUGGGCCCAGCAUCAUCGUCCACCUCUCGGCCCUGGCUGUCCACACCUCCAUCGAAGCCGGCCGCCGUCUUUACAUCACCAAAAAAACAAACUCCUACCUCGACCACCUCAACGCCCACUACUUCCAACCCCGCGGCCUCUACGCCCUCAUCAUGCAAUACGACCCCUCCUCCUCCCAGCCCUCCUGGACCCUAGACGCCGCCUCCCUCUCCUCCACCGCCGUCGCCAAACACACCAGCGACGACCACAACAACAAACCCAGCACACUCUCCACCUUCAAAGCCUCCUCCGCCAAAACCCUCGAAUCCCAAAUCCCCCCCGUCUGUCCCCUAACCUUCCCCACCCUCGCCUCCGCCUCCGCAGAAGACCAGCGUAACGCCUUCCGCAAAGCCAUAGCCUUCUCGCGGGACUACUACGACCGCCGGGAACGCGCGACGUUCGCGGCGCAUAACCAAGACUCCAAGUUGAAUAUUGAGGAGAAGCCUUUUGCGGGCCGGUAUGCGGAUCCGACGACGUUUGAGAAGAGCGGGUUGAUUGGGGUUUUGACGGGUGGGGCGGUGGAUCCGCGGAGGAGGAGGAGGGAGAGGAGGGCGGAGAUGGGGAGGGGUGGGCAUAUUAGGGGAAGGAGAAGUGGUGGGAGUGGGAGUGGGGGGCAGAGGACGGGGAUUGUGGGGGGUGUGAGGAAGGUUUUGGGGGAGAGGGUGCUGUAUUUGAUGGUUGUUAAUAUGCCUUCGAGAGAGGAAAUGGAAGUCGCGGCGCAGAUGGAGGCUCGGAUGAAGGCGGAGGAGCCGAAUUGGUUUGAGAAAUGGCAGGCUUCUCGCAGGAGGUGA